AUGACUUCCAAAGUAGGAUUGCAAGAUUCUUCACCACAACAUCCAAACAUGAGUGAUAGGAAAUCUUCUUUUUGGAUAGCACCAGAAACAGGGAGGCUCAAGAUGAAUGUCGAUGAGAGUUUUUUGUGUCCUAGCAGUUCAGGUUUUGGUGCAGUUCUAAGGAAUGAUAUUGGUACAGUUAUAGCUGCAGUUUUUGGCAAAUCAAUAGCAUCGUCUCCCAUUCAAGCUGAAGCAAUGGCGAUCCUCAACAGUCUGGAGGUUUUGAGUAUGUACAAGGAGGAAGAUAUAGAAGUGGAAUCGGACUAUCAAAAUCUGGUGCAGGCUCUAAAGACGGGAAACUUAGACUUGGUCUCGAAUGCAAACUUUCUAUGCUUGGACAUUAAGUUACUGACUGAAGAUCUAGCAAUUUCUUUUAAUUAUAUAAAUAGAUCUUGUAAUGUUGCUGCUCACAUACUAGCCAAGAAAGGUUUAAAAGAGUCUAGGUUGUUUGUCCAAGAUCCACCUAGGUGGAUACAAGAUCUGGCCAACCAAUACUUAAUUAGACCUUAA